CGGAGGCGUCUGUUUUACGUCCGGCAGCGCCCCCAGCGGUGGCUGACAGCGGCGACAUCCUCAUGUCAGAGCUUUGUGCUCAUCAUACAGCAGUCCGCCGCUCUCUCUCUCUUUGUCCUCAAGGCGACUGCACGGUCCGCCUGAAUGUAACGUUAGAUAUUUCUUUCUUUUUUUUUUUUUUGGUAGUGGAGAGUAUUUUGAGCCAUCUAUUUAAAGACUGUUAAACGAUACGAAGAGCUCAAACAUGGUGUUAGUGCACGUUGGAUACCUGGUUCUUCCAGUUUUCGGCUCUGUACGAAAUAGAGGAUCUCAGUUUAACAGGCAUCAGCAUAGCCAUGCUACCUCUUGCCGGCAUUUCCACGUAAGCCCCCAGGCCCAGAUCCCUGUUGACUUCCCAAUGCCCCAUCCAGGACAAUCUCAGACGGGGAUGAACCCGCACCUCGCCCCGACGCACCAGCCAGCCGCCCCGCUCCAUCCGCCCCUCAGCCACAUGCCAGCGCCGCAGUUCCAGGACAUCCAAGGCCCCCCUUUCCUACCUCAGGCUUUACACCAGCAAUACCUCAUCCAGCAGCAGAUCCUGGAGGCACAGCACAGGAGGAUCCUUCCACAGCCCAGCAGACAUGCCCAAGAGAGAACGCCCCACCAUCCCCAGACGCUGCGCCCCCCCUAUGAAUACGCCCCUUCUAUCCAUGUCCCUCCUCCUCCACCUGUCCCACAGCAGCCACGCUACCUUGCUGAAGGAACAGAUUGGGAUUUGAGUGUGGACCCUGGACUGCCUCACCCACAGUACCACGUCCCUCAGCUCCCUCAGCACUAUCAGCACUACCUGGCCUCUCCCAGGCUGCACCAUUUCCCCAGGAAUGCAUCCUCAGCACAAGUGGUUGUCCAUGAGAUCAGAAACUACCCGUAUCCCCAGUUACAUCUGUUGACCCUGCAAGGCCUCAAUCCCUCUCGCCAUGCCACCGCUGUGCGAGAAAGCUACGAGGAGCUUUUACAGCUGGAAGACAGGCUCGGUAAUGUGAACCGAGGGGCUGUGCAAACCACCAUUGAGAGGUUUACAUUCCCUCAUAAGUACAAAAAGAGAAGACCACUGGAGCUGAAAAUAGGGAUGGACGAGGAUGAGCUGGACACAGACGAGAAGUGUACAAUAUGUCUGUCGAUGCUUGAGGAUGGAGAGGAUGUGAGGAGAUUACCCUGCAUGCACCUCUUCCAUCAGGCUUGUGUGGACCAGUGGCUCGCGACCAAUAAGAAGUGUCCCAUUUGCAGGGUGGACAUUGAGACGCAGCUGACUCCGGACAGCUGAUGUCUUCUGUAGCGCCGGUGAAAACCCUGCCCUUUCUCCCUAUCCCUUCUUGGGUACUUUGCCAAAUGUCUGUCUCUCCAUCACCUCUCACCUUUGACCUUGCCUUCUGAGCCAACCGAAGACGUGAAGCAGGUAGGAUUAAAGACAAACCACAACGUGAGUGAAAACCUGAAAGGAGCGGGAUGAUUCAUGGAGAAGGAAUGUUCAGAUCUGUGCGAGCGUCCAAGGCAGCUUUCAGUGGGACUUCAGUGGGCUUUUGCUGAGUCUGUCGAUGAGAUCCUGUCAAGGUCCCCUGCAUGCACCUUUCUGUGUAUUUAGGACAGUAAGCGCAGCUCCUGGAUGAUCUCGACUGCAGAUAACCUAAGCUUUCUCCUCCCUCACAAUAUUAGAGUUGAUAUUGCAUUACGACGUAAACAUUACGAGAGCCUCUAAAUUUCCAAACGUUAGAAGUAGUCAGUCGUGUAUCUCAGAUGUACUGCAGGGAGUGCAGUCGAUCAACUCAAAGUAUUCAGAAUGAGCACUACAUGGGAACGGUCCACGAAAGGGGAUGGUACGUUAUGGUAUUGUGAAAUAUAAUGAGUAGAUUGGGAGGUGAAGUGGAUUUCAAAUGAAAUCCAAGUAAGCAACAUGUAAGGAUGAUCUUGUUCAAGUCAAGGAAUCCAACUGUAUGAAAUGAUACUAACAAACAAUCCUUAACUGUAAUUAUCAGAAGUGAUGCUUAAUGUACUUUCUGUAAUCAUGGUGACAGCGAGGCCAGGCUUGACUUAAGCUGUGACAGUAUGUAUUUGUGCUUGUGAAAAAUCUCCAUGCUUAGAAAAGUAUCUUCAAAAUGCAUGUUCUGUGAGUGGCCGGGGCUUUUAAUUUGUUUUUUUUUUUUUUUUGUUUUGUUUUUUAUUGUUUUUUUGUUUUUCUUCUUCGGGAACAUACCGGAUAGGACGGAUGGUUCGUGCAUGAGAGAUAUCUUACUAAUUCUGAAGACACUGUGUUCUCAACUUGUCACUGACGUAACAAAGAGUGAGAUGUAUACCUUAAUGCCUGUAGGACAAGCACACAUUCUAAUAGCAACAGCCUACUUCUCAGUGUUUCCAUUAGCAAUGUAAGUGUGUGGUAUCGCUUGAACGUACAGUAUAUGUAGAGUUACUCAGCUAAGAAAGCAGCUCUAACGUCAUAUUGUGCAUGAAACCUGUUGCUGCCAUUUCUGGAGGAGACGAAAAGGGAGAAAAGCCAUUGUUUUAUAGAUACCAAACAUAACUUUUCUAAGCUGUAUUUUUGAGUUGAUUGUUUUCAUUCUUCCUGUUUUGUUCUUCUUCCUCUUUCUUAUUUUUGUUUUCCUUCUAUUAAUGAUUAUGCCAACCUAGCUGUGGGGCUGGUUCAGCUUCUCACCAUUUCAAAUAAGUAGCUGCAAUGCUGGAAUAAUAUUUAUUGUUGUCUUAAUGUAGCUAGCUGUUAUUUUUGUAAAUGCACUAUAUUAUGAGGUUGCCUGACUUCGAUGUGAUUGUGAUUUUUUCUCUUGUCCCUUGCUUAUGCAUUUGCACUCAGUGACCUGUCUCUUUGACUAGUGCUAAAAACGUUGUACACUGCGGUAUACUCCAUCCAAAAAAUAGAAAAAGCAGUAGCGUAGCCUGACAUUGACCAUUUAGCUCCACUUAUAUCACAUGCACAGCAUUCUUUGAACCCUCACGCUUAAAUGUAUGUGACUUUAUGGCUCGGUAGCAUUUCUGACGACAACAAUGCACUGAAAUGCCAUAAUGCAGUGACUGACACAUGCUUGCUUCUGUCGUUUGCCAACUUUCCCAGGUGUCCACUUUGAGCAUUGUGCUGAACUGUGCAGGAAAGAAGUGGAGAACUUUUUUACAGAGGCCUGUUUCCGCCAGGUAGAGGAACAUUACUGGCAGCAGUAAUGUUAACAGUUUGACUUACCUUGAAAGAAUGCCUUAUUCCUUCAACAUUUUGAUUCAUUUGCUCAAAAUAAUUACUUAUUUUCUCACAAUCUUGAUUUAUUAUCAGUGUAAUGACCUAUCCCAAAAUACUUUUUUUUCCUGAGAUUUAAAGUCAACCUGAAAUUAAAGUUGACUUUUUUUUCCUCGUUACUUUAUGGCUCUGUUUUGCGUGAUUUGUCAUCUAAUUUUACAUGUAAAGGACACAAUUCUUGUUUCUUCAUAAUCCUUCAUAAAAACUAUUUUUGCCUGCGUCUAAAACAUCUGAGUUUUAGUUACAUCAUCGUACACCACCAGGGGAGGACAAUGAUGAACCAAUAAUAGCAUGUGCAAUAAUAGCACCCCUCUAACCACCUCAACCCAUAAUCGAGCAAAAAUGCUCAGCUAGCCCAGAGACCCUUGGAAAGGAUUUCGACAGAAGUCGACAAUUUGAGAACUGUUAACAUAUUAUUUCAAAAUAUCAGAAAAUAACUAAAUAACAUAAAUCAAGCCCUUUGAGAACUUUCUGCAAAAUAUUUACAAAUUUAGUCAAAGGAGAUAAAAGGAGGAUUUUUUUCCUCCUACUUGGCAGAAACAGGCUUUCAUACCUUUUUUGUUUUGCUUUCACUUUCACCACAAAUUGGCAUUACUGUUAUGAUCGUCACAGUGAGAGUUUAGUGUCGCUGAUCCUUGCUAGCCUUUUUUUCUAUGUGUGAGCAGUGUUAUGUCCGUUGAGCUUCCUUCUGUGGCAUCAGUGUCCGUUUUUACUUCAGAGGGUACGGAGCAAUCUUUUUAUCUUUUUUUUCCUCUCACGUCCUGUGUCCAGCAUUCUAUAGUUUACACAGGAUGUUGUGCGUCAAAAAAUGCCUUAAGUAUUUAACAAUCAUAAUUUAUGACUAACUUUAGCUACUAUGGGUGCGUAUUUAAGUUUUGAUUUAGUUUGCCGAUUUAAUCUGUUUAUUUAUUUACAUAGACAUAACGUGUAUAAAUACCUCAUUGUGCAUACUUUAAUGGGAGUGCUUUGCAUGCAUUUGUACUUUAAAAGGAGAAAAAGAGACAAAACGAGAAAAAAAAAAAUCAAAAAGGGUGUGCUGAAAUGUGUUAGUGUGUGGUGCUGUGGAUUUGGUUACAUUCCAUUAAUGCAAUUUCAAAGAAUUCUUCAGCUGUGAUCUAGUAGACAAAACCGCUUUAGACUGGAAAUGUUUUGCAUGUAUCUCCUAUUUUGCACUCUCAGCUUGGCUACCCUCUCACUGGCAUUUGGAAAAAUGUGCACCAUGCUCUCUUUACUUUGAUUCUUCAAACUUGGUUAGUGAUCUGGCAUUUUAAAAAAAGGUUGUAUUACAACACAGCUUAGUGCAGAGUGAGAUGUACUGUGAUUAGCCUUGAGUCAUCCUGAUGCUUUACAUUAGCCGGAUUCAUAUUACACUGAGACCGCUCGCAUCAAUUGACGCUAAUGUUUGUGAUUACCACAUGACUUUACUUUAAGUCACUCCCGUUUUUUUAAAACCGUUUUUCGUUACUUCGUAACAGGGUCUGGAGCUAAACGACUGUCUGAAGAUGUAUCUAUCGCUAAUUGUAGUACAUUUAAGAUGGCCAUUGUUUUUUCUUUUGAUACUUUAAUGUGAAGACAUGGACGAAACCAAACAAGUCGUUAUUGGACCUUUCUCUAGGGGAGUAUAUUUUGCAGUGAACUUCCACCACUGAUUUUCUUUAAAGGUGCAACUUCGAAACACUACAACCCGGUAGAUUCAUUUAAGGAUGAAAUUCAGACGGAGACAGCAAACCACUCUCCUGCUUCAUUGCGUCUGUGCCACAUGGGACGCUGACACAGACCAUUAGACAGGCGUUCUUUCUUGGUUGCGUUAAUACUUGGGACUCCCUAUUUAUUUGCAGACAAAAACGAUUCGAGUGAAGACAUGCCGUGUCCUAUGAUUUGCCUCACCAGCCUUAAAGUCUUUAUUCUUUGCUCCACCGCCCUAGCAGAUUUUGGACAUACAGCAAUAGUAUUAUGUUUCGCAAAACAGAAUGAACAGUAGAUCCUAAAGCACAAGCUCUAUAAUGCAUGUCUUUCUCAGGUUUUAAUAUACGUAUGAGAAUGGAUAGAUAUGUUAAAAUAUUUUACCAUAAAUCUUUCUGAUGUUUUUUCUGCUGCUGACGUUAAAAAAAAAGGAAAAAAAAAAAUAUUGAAUAACCUGCCAGUGAAAGGGAAGUGGCUAUCUUUGUAUAAGACACUGCUGUUGCUGUUACUGCGCAAUGUUUUCUGACAUUAAUAUUUUAUAGUCAAGUAGGAAAAAAUAUGUAUUGACAAUAUUUAAGCAAUAGCUCGAUGAUCAUCAUGUACGAUAACUAGAUUAAGUGUAUAUUGCGUAAAAAAAAAAGAAAAAAAAACACUUAGAUUCACUUUUGGUGGAUUUUGUACUGUAUUUAUUACUAAUGAUGCAAAAAGUUGCAUA